AUUUGUGUCAUCACUUCCGUAAAACGAGAACCUGUGUUUAUUCUUUGUUAUCAAUUAGCUACUGCUCGAUGAAAGUGGUACACAUUAAAACCAACACAAAGCUAACCACAUAACUGCAGUUUGCGUCCAUUCAGCGGCUUCAGCAAUGGCCUGUUUCGGCUAGCUAGGGCCACUAAGGUACAGCCUCGCGCCGGACUGUUGGGCCACUUUUCUCGCUUUAAAGUUCAGGCUUCCCUGCCACUUGGUUUGUUUGUUUGUUUGUUUUUUUAACAAUGUUGAGCAGCGUUGCUCUGCGGGCUCAGAUUGCCUCCAUAAUCGAUGCCUUGUCCAAAGCAGCCGUGGCAGAAAUCGGCAAAGUUGUGGAAGAUGGCAUGGUGGUGCUGCGGCUGGAAAUGUGCCAGCGGGAAAAUGAGAUCAAGAAGCUGAAAAGCAACAUCGAGGUUCUGCACAACGAGCUGAGAUCAGCGCAGGAGAGAGUGACCCUGCGACCUGACAACCAUGGGAGCGACGAUGGACAGAGUGACGUUGGUGAUGAGCGGACCUUGCUUGAAAAGGUGCACACUGAUAAGGACCAAAACAGCCUUUCCAUAGCUGAGGUGCAGGUGAAAUGUGAACCUGUGGAAGACAGAGGUGAAGGGAUCAGAGGACAGCCUGACCAAACUGCCUUGUAUGAAAGGGACAGUGCGCAGUGGAGACCGACAACGCAAACUCAGACAGGACGCAGCAACUCAGAUUAUUUAAAUUUAGGGCAGAACUCCUUGUUGUGUCUUCCUGAAUCUCCUCUGGACACCGGACUGACUGCGCUCUGCAGCAGCUCUGGCGGGUUUCAGCAGAGCUCGUUCAGCCGUGGGCUGCUGGGUUACAGUCAGUAUCGUAACUCGUACAACACAGUACGGAGGAGGACGGUGAAGAGGUUAAUGUUUAAGAAAGGCUUCAUCUGCCCGUACUGCGGUAAAUAUUUUGAGCGUGCUGGGCACCUCGAAAGGCAUAAAAGGAUUCAUACUGGUGAGAAACCGUAUCGCUGCGAGAUAUGUGGGAGACGCUUCAAUCAGAAAUGCAGCCUAAAGGAGCACAUGAAGAUUCACAGAAGACAUAUUCAGCCCAGUCCAGUUGAGAUCCAAGUGGACGAACAGAAGCAGAUUCCCGAGCUUAAUCCAUGUACUGAUACUCAUCGCCCUCAGGAAGAGAGCCAGACGAAAGCUGAGGAUGGCCUACCUAAGAAUGAGGACAUUCUCACAACUCCUGUACAUGUUAAAUCCGAGCCUACAGAGGAGAAUAUAGCACAGCCGAUGUUUCAUGAAGGAAACGAGCAGUCAGUGGAAGGAGUAGACAACCUCAGUGAGAACUUCACAACAUUUGAGAGAGACAGCCAGCAGUGGAUGUCCAGAUUACAAGGACAAAACAACACAGAGAUCAGCAGUACAGAGUAUCUCAGCGGCUCAGCGCAGAGUAUGACGUCCUUCCCGGGGAUAGCUCAGUUACUUCCGCCACCAGUCGAAGCUUCUUGUAGCACAUUCUCCUUUGCAGGUAAACCGUAUGCGGAACUCAAAAACAGCUUGAUCUCCCAAACACCCUACGGAUCCUCAGACACACUUAUGAUAUCAAGUGAAGCCGGCUUGCAUAGUAUGGCGGGAGCCACGCUGAAUCACCACCAACAGAGAGGAAGCAGGUCUUUUCAGGUGAUCAAACCAAAGAAAUGCUUCGUCUGCUCGUACUGUGGCAAGGUCUUCGAGCGCGUUGGCCACCUUGAAAGACAUUUACGAAUUCAUACCGGGGAGAAGCCGUACGGCUGCCAUAUCUGCGGGAGGUGCUUCAAUCAGAAGAGUAGCCUCAAGGGUCACAUGAAGACGCACAGGAAUGGGGAGACCACAGACGUGCUGGAGGCACAUCACUUGAUGUUUACAAUGCCUGAUAUUCAACCGUUGAAGAACCUGGCAGACCCCAAGACCGGACUGGCAGCUUUAGAAGAACGGUUAUCAGGCUCCACUUACAGUGAGGCAGUUGGUGAGCAAACAGUAAUGGUAAAGAUGGAGCCAAAUGGGGAGGAUUUUCAGACUCUAAGCCAGGCAGGGGCUGAUAACGGCACAGAGGCACCAGACCAAAGUCAGCUGUGGACAUCUGGGAUAGAGAAGAUUAGUGAUGCCACUGAACAAAAUGUCUGUGUGCUCUUACCUGAUGUCAAGUACCACCUCAGUCCUGCUGCUGGAGCAGCCAAUGAGCAGCAGGGAUACACCUCACCAAUCAAGGAUCUGCCUUUUCUAGACCACAAAGAAAAGGAAGAAAUGAUGCACAAUGAUCAGUAUUCAGUGAUGGGAAUACAAUCAAGAAGCUCUGAUAUGACUCUAGCACCUGAGCUGCAAGAUCAACAUAUUACGCAAGAGGUGGCUGUGAAUGACUACACCGCAGUGAGUGACAGGACUCACGAGGGAGGUGUGUUUGAAUUUAAUAUGACCGCCUCAGGCGACCAUCAGGACAACUGUGGCGGGGACACCACCAGGCAAAAUUGCUUUAUAUGCUCAACUUGUGGGCAAAGCUUUGAUAGUUUCAGUUUAUUUCAGAGGCACCAGUGUAAAAAUAUCACAGAGCAAUCCUUCAGCUGUGAGAUGUGUGGGAAGAUCUUUAAUCAGAUGAGCAUCCUGAAAUUGCACCUUAAACUGCAUGUAGAAUAAAAUCUAAAAUAAAACAAGGAAAAAUACAGUACAUGAUUCUCCACCUGGCUUCAUCACAGUCAGUCGUAACAUGUGGCAAAGUGCACAAGUUAAUUUUCUCAUGGUCGACAAAUCAGCGUGAGAUCUAAAUAAGAACUUAACAUGUCCCCAAACUUCCAAAAGCUAAAGCAGAAGAACAAAAAGCAUUUGUUUUCUAUUUGCAGUACUGAUUAAGUAUAAUCUUUUUUGCAGUAAGGACAAAAAUGUCUAUUUAGUGUCUGUCACAUUUCAAGUACUUUCCACAAAAUGUUUUCCUGCUACUUUGACCUACUCCAUCUUCUAAUUUAUAGAAGACUUUUUUAGGAUAAUUAAGCAUUGUUGGUGUGGGCACAGUUGUUCUUUGCUUUCUUGAAGCUGGCCAGAUCAGGCCUUUGGAGUGGUUUUAAUAAUAACUUAAUUACUAUAAGUAGAAACCAAACAAUGUUGAGUGUUUGAAGUGGCAAUUAAAGCUGUCCUAUUUUCUGGUCUACAGCCAAAGAUGUUACUCAGACUGAUCACUAAUUUAACUUUACUGAAACUAUUUUAAUGAUACUUGUCUGUGUUGGUAAUGGCCAAAUAACAUUACAUAAAUGCUGAUCACGGCACUUACUGAAAUAUCAGGUUUUUGCUGUGUUCUUGCUGUUUUCACAGUACAAGUAAAUGUAAACCAGUCCAAGUCAUUGUAUGCCAUCACUAUAGACUGUUAAUGUAACUCAACCUUAUUCAGUCCAACUAAACUACCCUCAUCCACCUCAUACAGAACCACACUGUUCUGUGUUCCUUUUAAUGACACUUAUUUAAACAUGUGUUCUUUAAAUUACACAUAAUGUGGACGAAUUUUGCAACUGAAUUUCCCGAUUGAAAACAGAUCAACAUGCUUUUUAUCAUGCAGGAUAUACUGUCAGCAUAUUUUUCAUUCUUUAGUGUGAGGUAGAGUUUGAUGAUAUGUGAAAAAUAUCACAAUAUACUUUUUGGCUAAACAAUAUUUAGUGGAAUUAGAAAAAAAUUACAGUAUGCUGAGUUCAUGGAUUUAGCACAUCAACUAAAGAUAUAGCACAGGUUUCUUCUCUAUUCACAUUUUUAGGAAAAAAUGUGAAAUCAAUCAGUUUCAUCCAGCUUUGAUAAGACAUUCUACCAUUGCGGACCGUAUUGUACUAAGACACACUUUUGUGAUAUGGAUCCACAUCAGUAUUCUUUAUCUUACAAUAUGGAAUAAUGCCUCAUUUUACUUUUGAAGAAGAUGCAGUGAGGGUACUACCUUUUUUAAUAAUCAUGAAAUGUUUACUGUUGAUAAAACAGAUGGACAGUAGUGUCUUCAUUUUAAGUUGAACCGAACAAACAACAAUGUAAUGUAUACCUCAAAUUACUAUUGCCUUUAAAGCUGCAUGUAAAUAGAUAGAUACUUUAUUGUUCUCGAGUGGAAUUUAAGCAUCCAAAUGUUGUGAUGAUGUUGUGCAAUAUUCUUGUCUUUCAAAAGGCAAGACCUCCCACUAACCAAAAAUGGCAAACAACAACAUGGUAAUGUUUUUCUUGGAGAAAGGGAAGGGACUACAAUAAGUCAAUGCUAAAUCAUAUGCAGGAAACUUGUGCAUUAUGUAUAACUAAAAACACGUGAAAUACCUCAGUGAUACACAGGGUCCCCAUAGCCAUCAACAAUCUGGAAAAGUCAUGGAAUUUGAAGCUUCUCUUUGAUUAUGUUGUUACCUUUUACUGAUAUUUAUUUUGGGGGAGAUACUUUUAUGAAGUAUGCCUUAACACAGCCAGUGUUAAGCAGUGCACAUGGAAAACUGUAAUAUAAAAACCCAUUAAACAGGUUGAGUAAAUUGUUUUGAGUGGUUCUGAAUGAAUGGUGCAUUUGUUUGGAGCAGGUGGCUGGACUUGAAGAGGUCAUUAAAAUAGUUUGAUAAAACUAACACUCCAGCUAAGCCCACAGAAAGAGCACCUUUCAAGGGCUGACAGGGUGACACUAAAGCCUUUAUAGUACAGUGUGAUGAGCGCCUACAUUUUUAUUAUAGUUAUUGCCUUUCAGGGGUUUUCAGUCUGCUUUAAUUCAAUAGUUUACUACACAAGAUCACUGGUCAAUAAUUGUCAAUCUGACACCCAAGACACCCAAUUGUAGCAUGAUUCUCGUUAUCUACACCUUCACAGUAAUAGUUUAUCACAUUAUGCAGGAUGUUAGAUUAUAUUUGAAAAGAUGAAUAUAAUUUAAAAAAUAUGAAUUCUUUGGUUAGCUUUUCGUAUUUGCAAAUAAAUUCAAAACUAAGUUAAA